UGUGUGUUUGCCAACUGCAAAAAGGCAUUAUGAAAGUCCAGAGAAAAUGGCGUUCUGUAGCGGCAGUGCAGCUGUCGUUAUUGCAAAUGGAAAUUUUGUCACCCUUACUUGUAUUGUUGCUAACGACAUAACGCUGGCUAGGAGGUGCCUAAGAUGGCGGCGGAGUAGUAGCGGUUUGCAGAAAUGUCCUUCAAUGUUUUUUUCUUGAAGUAACAUCAGUAGUUUAAGAUAAUCGCUAGGUGAUGUUAAACGCCUCCCCAGCUAAACGCAAGAGCGGAGGUUGCCUACCGGUUACUCUAACAAAACCAUCUUCUUCAAAGAAAGGGAGAAUGGAACAAGAAACGGCAGACAACAUCGUAGCUGUGCUAAAGUUAGCCAUCACGGAGCAAGGUAAUAGGUAAUUCAUCUGAGGACCUGAAAUCUUCCAUCAGAUUUCUCUCCGCUGACAUCCAAGAUCUAAAAGGGAGGGGGAUGGACCACGCCCAGAGGGAGAAGUUAUCUGAGCUGAUGGAGGAGUUAACCACCUCUGGGGAGCCCCAACUGAAUGUAGAAAAAAUGAAGGAGAUGAAGAAGCUAUGCAAGGUGUCUAAUGACUACAUUGAAUAUGCGUAUCAUCUGAUCAUGACCCAGCUGGCGCAGGAGCACGCUGAGAUACGCCUGUCAGCCCUGCAGGUGGCUGAGCAGCUCUUCUCGCGCUCCCAUCUCUUCCGUGAGCUUCUGGUGUCCAGCUUGCAGGAGUUCCUGGAGCUUACUGUGGAGACAAAUGCUGACAGGCCUCUCCCCCCACCCCGCGAGGUGGCCCGCAAGCUCAAGACCCUGGCCAUCCGCACCAUUCAGGCCUGGCAAUCCAUCUACGGCCAGGCCUACAAGAAGCUCGCCUUGGGGUACCACUUCCUCAAGCAGGUCAAGAAGGUGGACUUCAAUGACAUUCAGAUGCGGACACUGGCAGAAAGAAAGAGGCAGGAAGAGAAGGAGAAGAGGCUUGAGAGGUUCUAUAAAGAGAAAGUGACCAAGGCUGUUCAGGAAAUGGAAGAGGCCUCUCUGGAUAUCGAGCAGUGCCUGACAGAGGUGGAGAACUGCAUGCGACUAUUGGCACCUCACCCCGUCGACUUCAAUCUGGGCGACCUGGAACCUGCAUCAGCCAAUCAGACGCCAGCGUCUGCAUCCACAGGGCAGCAUGGCAGGUCCCCUGCCCUGGAAGAUGAGCAACCCUGCUGCAGCAGAGACCUGGAGGACAAGGGACCAGCGGGGAUGAGGGUAGUAGAGAAGGAGGAGGAUGAGGAGGAAGAGGAGUCUGAAACGGAGGAGGUUUCUGAGAAAGAGGCUUUCAUCCGGAGCUCUGGUCUGAUGUCACACAGAUACACCCUUGAGCUGGACAUCUCCACAGAUUUGAGAGUGAAGGAAACUGAGGAGAACGAGGCUGUGGUCACCACCAUGAAGGACCUGCAGCGCCUCAUAAGCACCAAGCACCUACCCGCUGUCCAGUCCUGGGUGCAGGUGUUCACCAAGGCCGGUGGGAAUGAGGCACUGCUGAGAGGCGCGCUAGACCUGAAGACCGCCCUGGAGGGGGCGCUGCAGAGACAUGACGAGCUGCACAUCGACUACAAGAGGGGAGAGCGGCAAGUCAUGAAGGCGAGUGCAGACAAGGAAGAGGAUGAUGACUUUGAGGAGGUGCCAGAGAAGGAGGGCUUCGAGCCCCACAUUCCGGACCACUUGCGGGCGGAGUACGGUCUGGAGCCAGCUGCCUCCUCCUCUUCCUUCUUGUCAUCCUCAGUGCAGCCAGUACGGCCUGCCCCUCAGGCCCCUGCACCAACCAGGAGGCGGGAAUAUGACGAGGAGCAGGACCCUACCUGUGCCGCUGCCACGCUGCGAAUCCUCAAGCAGAGACUGCCCUCUGCUCCACCUACCAGGAUCUCCCAGAAAGCAGGACGUGCUGCGGAGCCACAGGAUGGUGAAGGGCUACAGAACGAGGAGCGGGAUAAAGCCCCUGUCAUCCCUUUUGGCCUUGACCUCUACUACUGGGGCCAGGAGCAGCCCACUGCUGGCAAAAUAAUCAAGUACAGUUCCCAGCACCAGUUCUGGGUUCCAAAUGAGGUGGAAGAGGAGGUGGAGAACCCGGAGCUGACGGCACAGGUGAAGUCCCGGUACAUCACCUUUGCCGGACGCUUCCAGCCGGUCACGCACAAGUGUCGGGCUCCCAUGCCCAAUGGCACCCUUUGUGAACGGCAAGAUCGUGUCAAGUGUCCAUUCCAUGGGUUGAUUGUCCCGAGAGACGAUAAGGGGACACCCCUAAACCCAGAGGACGCUGAGAAGGAGAAGAAGAGGCAUGAGGAAAACCAGCCAGACUGGAGGGACCCAGAGCUGAUGCAGGACAUCGAGGCAGCCACAGGGGAGGACCUGGGCUCCUGCAAAACUUUUGGGAAAGGCAAGAAAGACUCCAAGGGCAAGGGCAAGGGCAAGAAGAAGUACCCCAACCUGACAGACCUGAAGCACAGCACAAACACAUCCCGCUCACGACUGGAAAGGAAAGUUUUCAACAAAAGUGCCAUGAGGCGAGUCACAGAGGCUAUGAAUAGAAUGGACAGAAGAAAGCAUGAGAAAUUUGCAAACCAAUUUAACUAUGCCUUGAAUUGACAUCUUUGGCAUUCAGCAUUCAGUUGUGAAUGAUAUGGCCAUAUAAUCUCAAACUGGUGUCACCCUUAUUGUAUGUUGUAUUAUAUGUAAUUAUGUUGGCACAAAAACUGUAUCACACUUUCAAUCUCCUGGCAAUAAUAUGCAGACUUUAUGAUGAUAUAUUUCCAACUGUAUCAUGUUCAUCAUGUGUCAGUCCUGAAAGUUUGGAACUGUAGGUAUUGGUUUGAUGUUAUUGUGUGUAAUAGCUUGUUGAUUAAUGUGAAUGAAUUUACAGUUAUUUGUGUUUUUUUUGUUUAAUAUGCCUUUGAAUUGUUUGUGUUUUUGACCAUUUUUGUAUUUUUGUAAUAUUGUAAUAACGCAUUAAAAUCCUGAUU